UAAUUUCUUUAUUUGAAAAUUGUUUCAUGUCAAAAUCAACAAACAGAGCUUAAACUGAAGUGGUUCUCAUGCAACUCCAUUAAACAACCACACCACACCCUCUCUCUGUCUCUCUCUCACACACACGGGGAGAGAUGGGAAAAGAUAGUUAUUUUCCACUCUUUGAAACAAAGGCAGCAAAGGGACGCAUCUUUCAUCGACUGUAUGUAGUACCAGUAUGUAUAAGCAUAUGUUUGAUAUGUUUCUAUAGAGCCACUCGUUUACCAACACAAGGAGAAGUAGAAAGAUGGACUUGGAUUGGUAUGUUCGUGGCCGAGCUCUGGUUCAUUCUCUACUGGUUCAUCACUCAAUCCAUCCGAUGGAGUCCCGUCUACCGUCACACCUUCAAAGACCGGCUCUCCCAAAGAUACGAGAAGGUUUUGCCCGGGGUGGACAUAUUUGUGUGCACUGCUGAUCCUAUAAUAGAGCCACCAAUAAUGGUGAUCAACACUGUCCUCUCCAUGGCGGCUUAUGACUACCCACCGGAAAAGUUGAGCGUCUAUCUUUCCGACGAUGGCGGCUCCGAGUUGACGUUCUAUGCUCUUUUAGAGGCUUCUCGCUUCUUGAAACACUGGCUGCCAUAUUGCAGGAAAUUCAAAAUAGAACCGCCGGCACCGGCAGCUUAUUUUUCCACCGUUGGUAAACCACGAGAUGGUAGUUCCAUGGUAGAAGAAUGGUCCUCCAUCAAGAAAUUGUAUGAAGAGAUGAAGAAACGGAUCGAGGAUGCUACAAAGCUAGGCCGAAUUGCAGAUGAAUUUCGGAAAGAGCACAAAGGAUUUAAUGAGUGGGACUUGCCUAUAACCAAACGGGAUCAUCACACCAUUCUUCAAAUAUUAAUUGAUGGAAGAGACUCCAAAGCUGUGGACAUUGAAGGACAACCUUUGCCGACAUUGGCAUACUUGGCACGUGAGAAAAGACCUCAAUACCACCACAACUUCAAAGCAGGAGCCAUGAAUGCCCUGAUAAGGGUGUCAUCAAGGAUAAGCAAUGCUCCGAUUAUCCUUAAUGUGGACUGCGACAUGUAUUCUAACAAUUUGGAAUCAGUGAGAGAAGCAUUGUGUUUUUUCAUGGAUGAAGAGAAAGGUCACCAGAUUGCUUAUGUUCAGUUUCCACAAGUGUUUGAUAACCUCACAAAGAAUGAUAUUUAUGGUAGUUCCUUGAGGAUAAUCAUUGAGCUGGAGAUUGCAGGUUUGGAUGCUAAUGGAGGGCCUUUUUAUAUCGGUAGCGGUUGCUUUCACCGGAGAGAUAGUCUGUCCGGGAAGAAGUACGACAAGGAAUGUAAAGCAGAGUGGAAAACACAAAUUGAUCAUACAAAGGUUGAACAAAGUGCAGAUGUGCUCGAAGAGACAUCCAAAGUUCUUGCAAGUUGUACCUAUGAACAGAACACUCUAUGGGGAAACGAGAUGGGAUUGAUGUAUGGAUGUCCAGUAGAAGAUGUAAUUACAGGAUUGGUAAUAAAAUGUAGAGGCUGGAAACCUGUCUAUUUUAAUCCAAGAAGGGAUGGUUUUUUAGGACUUGCACCAGUAACACUAUUGCAGUCACUAAUUCAACAUAAGAGAUGGUCAGAAGGUGAUUUUCAGAUUUUUCUCUCCAAACACUGCCCGUUUGUGUAUGGAUAUAGAAGGAUCCCUCUAAUACUUCAAAUUUCGUACUGUUGCUACAUGGGUUGGGCUCCAAAUUGCUUGGCUACACUAUACUACGUUGCCGUCCCUCCUCUUUGUACCCUUAGAGGCAUCUCCUUGUUCCCAAAGUUAUCAAGCCACUGGGCUCUUCCGUUUGCAUGUGCUAUCGUUGCAAAAUACAUAUAUAGCUAUGCAGAGUUCCUCUGGUGUGGAGGUGGAUCUCAAGAAUGGUGGAAUGAUCAGAGGAUGUGGUUGUUCAAAAGAUUAACUUCCUACUUGUUCGGCUUCUCGGAAUCAAUCUUGAAGGUGUUAGGCUUCACCAGCUCUGGUUUUGUGGUCACCGCGAAGGUGGCUGACGAGGAAGUGUCCCAGAGAUACGAGCAAGAGCUCAUGGAGUUCGGUGCCCCUUCCCCAAUGUUCACCAUUAUAGCAACACUGGCACUGGUCAACCUGUUCAGUUUCGUUGGGGUGGUAAAGAAUGUCAUUUGGGAUUUGCAAACUCAGUUUUUAGAUCAAUUUGCACUACAGAUACUGCUAUGUGCCCUACUGGUUCUCAUCAACCUGCCUGUAUUCCAAGGACUCUUCUUCCGAAAAGACAAUGGCCGUAUGCCGAAUUCUGUCGUGUACCAAUCAAUUAUUGUAGCUACACUUGCUCAUUUAGUAGCCUUGUAUUAGAUUUUUAUCACUGCAGACCACAGUCUCUACUAAAAUUAUGUACUUAGAUUUGAAUAUAUGGUUUCAAAAUAUUUCCUACAAAAUUAAAAACUAUAUCUUUGAUUA